AUGCUUCCGCAAACGUUGCAACCGAAAAAAGGUGUGGAUGACAUUUGGCCAGUGAACGGAAAGCGAGUUCUCAUUCGUGUGGAUUUCAAUGUCAAUAUUCGCACAGGAGUCAUCGAAAAUGACUACCGUAUCCGUCUGGCCAUUCCUACCAUUUCACGUAUCCUUGAUCAAGGAGGUAUUUGUAUUUUGAUGAGCCACCUUGGUCAGCCGAAGAGCGUCGACAUCAAUACAGCUGCCAUGAUUAGGGAAGAAUGUCAACAAAGAAAAAAACACAUUUUAUCUUACGAUGGGGGAAGCAAGAUUUCCUUCUUCGAAAAGUUGUCUGGCGAGGAUAAAGCUCUUAUUCUCUCGUGGAGUAGCAGGAAAGAAAAAUUAAUGUCCCUUUCUGUGAAUCCGGGCUCUGGUAAGACAGCUGUUUUCGCAAAAUUACCGGACGAGGAGAAAAAGCAUCUGAUCGCCCGUUUUAUCAAAGAAAGUACCGAAAGAGUGUUCCAAAAGCCUUUUCAGACCACCAAAUCGGAGCAGGAGUUUAGUCUGAGGCUGGUUGGGGAACGUCUAGCGGAACUCCUCGAUCAGCGUGUUUUCUUCGCGUAUGAUUGUCUUAACGCGAGAAAAGAGAUCAAAAAAUUGGGCCCUGGAGACGUCAUGCUACUUGAAAACCUCGCCCUCUAUGAGGAGGAGAAUUCCACCGACGAGAAUAAACGCCUACAAAUGGCUCAAAUACUAGCAUCGUAUGGAGAUAUUUAUAUAAACGAUGCCUUUACUCUGGUUCAAAGCGAGGCUGCAUCGAUUACCGGAAUUCCAAAAGUCAUGGGGCACGGUGUGGCGGGUUACUUCAUGGAUAAGGAGAUCUCCUACUGGAUCCAGUUACUGAAUAAACCGGCGCGACCUUUGACUCUCAUCGUGGGUGGUUCUAGUCUUAGCAGCAAGAUUUGGCUAAUAGAUUACAUGCUUACGUUGGUAGAUUCUCUAAUUAUAGGGGGUGGUGUUGCGCUUCCCUUUCUAAAGGCCCAAGGGCAUCCAACUGGAGCGACAAAGUGCGACGAGGAGAUCGUUCGACGCGCACGGAAAGUUUUGAAGACCGCGCAUGAGCGGAAGGUGAACGUUCACCUUCCUGUCGAUCACCUAUGCCAUAAUGACCCAUCCCCCACUGCGCGGCCGAUGAUAACAAACGAUGCCAACAUUCCCGAUGGGUUCACUGCGCUGGAUAUCGGCCCCAAGACGAUUUCGACAUUUGCGAAAGUCAUUGGAAGUUCAAAGAGUGUGAUCUGGAACGGGCCCAUGGGGAUGUUCGAGAUGCCGUGCUACUCCAAAGGGACCUUUGCGAUCGCGAAGGUGAUAGGCGACGCCACGGUACGACGUGGGUUGUUGAGUACCAUCAUUGGUGGAGAUACCACCAUCGCGGCGGAAAGAUGUGAGCAAGUUGCUAGAGUCUCGCACGUCUGGGCUAGCACUGUUGCUUUAGACUUGCUUGAGGGCAAAUUACUGCCGGGGAUCGGUGCUCUGGACAACAAAGACUGA